AUGCUUCGGUGCUCUGGCGACAUCCUGCGGCAAGCAGCGGGAGCCGGGCCAGUGGGGCUGGAAGAACAGGAGCGGCCUGUCGUCCAGCGCCACAGAAUCCAUGCUAUCGGGACCGGGGGACAUGCGGAGCAGCGGGCGGCCAUCUGCGGGCGGUGGUGGUGGGGGCCAAGCAACGACGAGGGCGAGGCGAAGAGCGCCGGGGACACUCCUGGCCGGGUGGUGGAGGAUCCUACAAAGAUCCCGCGAGGAUCCCGCGGGGGUGAGGGCACGCCAGCAAAAGUCCCACCGACCAACAAGAAGAACGCCGGGUUGCCUGGUGCGGAGAGCCGGCCCAAGGACAGGCGCGUGCAAGGCAGGGCUGCGCUGCACGACGUCGACGCCGCCGCCCUUGCUGCCGGCAUGGGCAUUGCGAGGGCGCUCUUGUGCAGACAGAGGCAGACGCUUGCGGCCUUGCUGGAAAGGAAGGACUCGGUCCGUCCGUUUGUUCCUUGGGUCUCUGCUGGGACAUUCGGUCGCGAUGUUCUGGAGAGGCCGGUGCGAUCGUGGAAGCCCGAGGCAUUCUUACUUUUCGGUCGGCCGGGGCGACCGUUCCGUCCGCCUGGUUUGCCAGCACCGCCCCGGCCAGGCUUGGACCCGCCCAGGGAACAAGCGUCUUGCGGCAGCAGCGGCGACAGCAUCAACGGCAGCAGAAGCAGAACCAGCAGCAGCCUCUAUCGACAGAGACUGUGUCGCCUGCACAGCUCGGCCAGGCAGCGCAGAGCCGCCCCGACGCGCUCCGCCGGCACAACGCAAUGCGCUUCUGCUGCGGACUUCGAUCGAGCCGCCGCUGCCUUUUAA